AUGAGUUUCUUCAACAAAAUAGAGAAUGAGGAAGAUCUGAAUUUGGGAAACAUCACAAGAGUAACUCACUUCAUCCUGCUGGGUUUCACUCGUCUUGCCCAACUCCAGCUCUUACUCUUUGUGGUAGCUCUCUUGGUCUUCACAGUCACUAUGAUGGGAAACAUUUUCAUUGUCCUCAUUGCAACUGUUGACCUUGCCCUUCAUACACCGAUGUACUAUUUUCUUAAGAAUUACAUGCCUUUCUGUAAGUAAGUCAACAAUUUCUUCUGUGACAUCUCACCUGUACUGAAAUUGUUGUGCUUAAAUACCUACAUAUUCUAUAUCUCCUACAUCUACAUCACCUACACCAUUGUGCAGAUACCCAUGGCUGAAAGCAGGCAAAGGGUGUUCUCCACAUGUGCUGCUCAUCUUGUGGCUGUUACUCUCUGUUACU